UGGAUUUAUGAUCGCCCUGUAAAGCUCCGGAGGCGUCAGACACCUGCAAAGGAGCCCCACCGCUCCGCGGACGAGCUGCCCCCGCGAGCAGCGGCCUCGUGAUUCCCCCCGCCGAGCGGGUCCCCGCCUCCCUACUCCGCCCCCGCCUCCCCCAAGCCCAGCGGCCGCCUCUCCGGAUCUCUGUCUUCUCCAGGCUCGCGCGUGCCGGACCAGCGAUCGUGCAAGCGAGGAAGCAGCCCCGGGGUGACACCCGGCACGUACUCCUGUGGCUGAGCCGAGACGAGCCGGGGACGCUUCGCCGAGGAGCCGCGGGAGGGUCCAGCUCGCGAUCGCCCAACCAAGCCUGUUCCUGCGCCCAACACGCAGGGGACCCUUGAACAGUAGAGACCCCGGGACCACCGAGCUGAUGGCAUCUUCCACGCCUUCCUCUGCAACCUCCUCGAACGCGGGAGCGGAUCCUAAUACUACCAACCUGCGCCCUACAACAUAUGAUACUUGGUGUGGCGUAGCCCAUGGAUGCACCAGAAAACUGGGCCUGAAGAUCUGUGGCUUCUUGCAAAGGACCAAUAGCCUGGAAGAGAAGAGUCGCCUUGUGAGCGCCUUCAGGGAGCGGCAGUCCUCCAAGAACCUGCUUUCCUGUGAAAACAGUGACCAGGGUGCCCGCUUCAGGCGCACAGAGACCGACUUCUCCAACCUGUUUGCUCAAGAUCUGCUUCCAGCUAAGAAUGGGGAGGAACAAACAGUGCAGUUCCUGCUGGAGGUGGUGGACAUCCUCCUCAACUACGUCCGCAAGACUUUUGACCGCUCCACCAAGGUGCUGGACUUCCACCACCCACACCAGUUGCUGGAAGGCAUGGAGGGCUUUAAUCUGGAGCUGUCCGACCACCCUGAGUCUCUGGAGCAGAUCCUGGUCGAUUGCAGAGACACUCUAAAGUACGGAGUUCGUACAGGUCAUCCUCGAUUUUUCAACCAGCUCUCUACUGGUUUGGAUAUCAUUGGUUUAGCCGGCGAAUGGCUGACAUCAACCGCCAACACCAAUAUGUUUACGUAUGAGAUUGCGCCCGUGUUUGUUCUCAUGGAGCAGAUCACACUUAAGAAGAUGAGGGAGAUCGUUGGGUGGUCAAGUAAAGAUGGUGAUGGCAUCUUUUCUCCUGGGGGAGCCAUAUCCAACAUGUACAGCAUCAUGGCUGCUCGCUACAAGUACUUUCCGGAAGUGAAGACAAAGGGCAUGGCGGCUGUGCCCAAACUCGUCCUCUUCACCUCAGAACACAGUCACUAUUCCAUCAAGAAAGCUGGGGCUGCCCUUGGCUUCGGAACCGACAAUGUGAUUUUGAUCAAGUGCAAUGAAAGGGGGAAGAUAAUUCCAGCUGACUUAGAGGCAAAAAUUCUUGAAGCCAAGCAAAAGGGAUAUGUUCCCCUCUAUGUCAACGCAACCGCAGGCACCACUGUAUACGGGGCUUUUGACCCAAUACAGGAGAUUGCAGACAUUUGUGAGAAAUACAACCUCUGGCUCCACGUCGACGCUGCCUGGGGUGGUGGCCUGCUCAUGUCCCGGAAGCACCGUCACAAACUCAGCGGCAUAGAAAGGGCCAAUUCAGUCACCUGGAACCCUCACAAGAUGAUGGGCGUGUUGCUACAGUGUUCAGCCAUUCUGGUCAAGGAAAAGGGUAUACUCCAAGGAUGCAACCAGAUGUGCGCAGGCUACCUCUUCCAGCCGGACAAGCAGUAUGACGUCUCCUAUGAUACCGGGGACAAGGCGAUUCAGUGUGGCCGUCACGUGGACAUCUUCAAGUUCUGGCUGAUGUGGAAGGCAAAGGGUACUGUGGGAUUUGAAAAUCAGAUCAACAGAUGCCUGGAGCUGGCUGAGUACCUCUAUGCCAAGAUUAAAACCAGAGAAGAAUUCGAGAUGGUUUUCGAUGGUGAGCCUGAGCACACAAACGUCUGUUUCUGGUACAUUCCACAAAGCCUCCGGGGGUUCCAGAUAGCCCUGAGCGGCGAGAAAAACUGCACAGGGUGGCCCCCAGGAUCAAAGCCCUGAUGAUGGAGUCGGGGACAACCAUGGUUGGCUACCAGCCUCAGGGGGACAAAGCCAACUUCUUCCGGAUGGUCAUCUCCAACCCAGCUGCCACCCAGUCGGACAUCGACUUCCUCAUUGAGGAGAUCGAAAGGCUGGGCCAGGACCUGUAAGCCCCCCUGGCUGAACCUGAGUCCUCCGCGAUGCCCCCUCCCCUCCGGCACCCUUCAGUAGCUCACACACCCGGGCCAUUUCACUGAAGGAAGUGAAAAUCUCUUCAACAAUGUUGUCACAACCUCACGUAAGCUUGUUUGUUUGCGCUAGCAAGAUAUAAUGUUCUUAAAAAAAAAAAAAACUGCACAUUAGGAACAGAGUAUAUAUGUACAGUUAUAUAUACCUCUCUAUGUAUAUGUAUGUAUCGUGAGUGUGGCUUAGUCUCAGACCACAGCAUGUCUCCCGUCCCCUAGAGAAUUAGCCUCGCCUCCCGAAGUUAGGAAGAGGUUAACUGAUGGCGCCCCCGCUGCUGUGUCUUAGGGACCCAGGGAAAUGCUGCAGGUGGGGGCCUACCUCCCUGCCAGAGCCGUUCCCACCUGAAGGGAUGACGAAUGUCAGAAGGCACCUGUAGAUGACAAGUGUCACGCCCCCCCCCCCCCCCCGUUAGUCCCCCGCUAGGGGAAAUAGUAGCAGAGCCUGUCACAAUUGUGCCGUUGCUGUGUUUCUAGAGAUUAAUUCGUGUAGACGUGUAUGUUACCGUUGUCUGUCUUCGGGCAGGGGGGAGCACAUAUAAUGAUUUAAAUUGUAUGUCAGCGAAAGAUUUGCUUAUUUAUAUUUGAAUAUAUACCAUGUUAAAGAGGCAUCUUGUAUUUUCUUCCCAUUUGUAAUGUAUCUUAUUUAUAUAUUAAUGAAGUAAGUUCUGAAUACUGUUUAUGGUAUUUUCGUGCAUUUGUGAGCCAAAGAGAAAAGAUGAAAAUUAGUGAGACUUGCAUUUAUAUUAGAGUGCCCUUAACAUAAUGAUUUAAACCUACGUGUACUGUCUGGAAAAGAAUUCUGAUGCUGUACAUAGAGUCGUGUCUAUGGAAAUUCUGCUUCAGUAACCUCCGCUCUUCUUCCCCGUCUGGCUGUAUGUCAGGUGUUCUCAAUGCUUUUCUAGUAACUGUUGAAUAAUAACGACUAGAUAUCCUGUAAUUUUGUAGUAGUACAUGACCAAUCUCUGUGACUCGCUUAGCUGAAACCUAAGGCAAUGUUUCCGAAGAUCUCCGAUAUACUGAC